GCAUUGCAUUAGCUCAUCAAUCGCAAGUCAGUAUUCAGCGAGAAUUGUUGCAAUGAAGCUUUUGCUUGUUUUCUGCGUUGUGGCCACAAUCAUGGUUGUACAGUGUUAUGCUGGGGAACCUAAAGGGCCGGGUAGGCAGAAGCGUUCACCCGAACCACGUAGUAGCAAUGGAGCUCCUGGUGAGCCUGGUAAAAAUGGCGGAGGAGGUGGAGGUGGUGGUGGCGGUGGCGACAAUGGAGGAGGUGGUGGCGACGGUGGCGGUGGUGGCAACGGUGGCGGUGGUGGCAACGGUGGCGGUGGUGGCAACGGUGGCGGUGGAGGCAAUGGAGGUGGUGGUGGAAAUGGGGGUGGUGGUGAUGGCGGCAAAGGGGGCAAAGGUGGUGACGAUGGUGCUCCUGGUGCGCCCGGAGCUCCUGGUCAUUAAUUUUGUUUACGAAAAUAAAGUUUUGUUUUGUUUAUAAGUCGGCAUUCGAAAUAAUUUUUUAUUGAUGGUCAUUGACGGUCAUCAGUUGUAGGUGGUUAGAAAACUAUCUCUCUGACUCCGUACGUAAUAAAUAUUUGCGUAUCAUUACCGCUUGAUAAUCUCAAA